AGCUGGACUGUACUUAAGAAGGAAGUCUUUGUUGUUGGUGUGGUGGAACAGGUGGUAACCUCAGCUGCUGAAGCCUAUCAGGUGUUGUCCGGAGGAUGGAGGAACAGACGUGUGGCAUCAGCAUCAAUGAAUAGAGAAUCCUCUAGGUCUCAUGCAGUCUUUACACUUAUGAUAGAGUCAAUGGAGAAAAGCAAUGAGACUGUGACUAUAUGGACCUCCCUACUCAACCUGGUGGAUUUAGUAAGAUCUGAAAGGCAAAAAGGUACCCAUGCAGAAGGGACGAGGUUGAAGGAAGCAGGUAACAUAAACCGAUCAUUGAGCUGCCUGAGCCAAGAAAUCACUGCACUUGUUGAUGUGGGUAAUGGAAAACAGAGACAUGUUUGCUAAGACUCCAAACUUACCUUCUUACUACGGGCAAUGGUAAAUGAAGACACCCAAGGACAUGUGAGCCAGCUCCAAGAUGAAGUGAAGAGACUCAAAGAACAACUGGCCCAGGUUACUUCAGGGCAGAUAGUACCAGAAAGCUUUCUGACUAGAGAUACAGAGAAGACUAAUUACAUGAAGUAUUUUCAGGAGGCAAUGUUAUUCUUUAAGAAAUCUGAACAAGAAAAGAAGUCUCUGGCAGAAAAAGUCACCCAAUUAGAAGACCUCACCCUCAAAAAGGAAAAAUUUAUUCAAUCUAAUAAAAUGAUUGUGAAAUUUCGAGAGGAUCAAAUAAUACGCCUAGAGAAGCUCCAUAAGGAAUCCCGGGGAAGUUUUCUGCCUGAGGAGCAGGAUCGUUUACUCUCAGAAUUAAGGGAUGAGAUUCAAACUCUGCGACAACAAAUAGAGCACCACCCCAGAGUUGCAAAGUAUGCUAUGGAAAAUCAUUCCCUCAGGGAAGAGAAUAGAAGACUGAGAUUGUUAGAGCCUGUGAAGAGAGCCCAAGAAAUGGAUGCCCAGACCAUUGCAACACUAGAAAAAGCUUUCUCUGAAAUAUCUGGCACAGAGAAAAUUGACAAAAACUGAGAUUGUUUCCUUAUUAUCAGCUCAGCAAGGAUUUCCUGCUAAAGCUCCAAGAGAACCAUGUUCAUUUGCAAA